UGUAAGUGUAGGACCCUUGGUCCGUCACGAAUUAAAGUCCCCCGCUUGAACCGGAAUGCGCCUCUUGCUCCAAUAUUAGAGAGAUAUUUAUGUAUCGGUUCGCUGGCUCAGGUGCAAAAUGUCGGGGUUCAGUCCUGAGCUGAUCGACUAUUUGGAAGGGAAAAUUUCCUUCGAGGAGUUCGAGCGGCGUCGAGAAGAGCGCAAAAGCCGCGAGAGGAAGGACGGAGAAAAUGUAACUGCUGAGGAAAACACAGAAGAUCCAGAUGCCCCCUCUACCUCUGGACAAGGCUCAUCUGCUGGACACCAGGGUCAGAAUGAGGCAGAAGAGGAAACAUCAGAUGGGGUCAGCAAGUCUGUCCAUCGGGUGUUUGCCUCCAUGAUGGGAGAGAAUGAAGAAGAGGAGGAGGAGGAAGAAGAGGAAGAGGAAGAAGAGUCCUCUGAGCAGCCUACGGCAGGCGAUGUGUUUGCUUUGGAGAUGGUGCUUAAUAGAGAGACCAAGAAAAUGAUGAAGGAAAAACGUCCACGCAGUAAGCUGCCUCGGGCCUUACGAGGCCUUAUGGGUGAAGCUAACAUUCGGUUUGCCCGCGGUGAACACGAGGAAGCCAUCCUGAUGUGCAUGGAAAUCAUAAGGCAAGCUCCACUUGCUUAUGAGCCAUUCUCAACUCUUGCCAUGAUUUAUGAAGACCAAGGAGAUAUGGAGAAAUCUCUGCAAUUCGAACUGAUUGCUGCACAUUUAAAUCCCAGUGACACUGAGGAGUGGGUGAGGCUCGCUGAGAUGUCUCUUGAACAGGACAAUAUUAAACAGGCUAUCUUCUGCUAUGCUAAAGCUCUGAAGUAUGAUCCUACUAAUGUACGUUACUUGUGGGAAAGGUCGAGCCUGUAUGAACAGCUGGGGGAGCAUAAACUGGCAAUGGAUGGCUACAGGCGCAUCUUAAAUCUCCUGACUCCUUUUGAUGGAGACCGCUUUAUGCAUUUGGCUCGAGACAUGGCCAAGAGUUACUACGAAGCCAAUGAUAUCACUGCUGCUAUUGAGAUCAUAGAGGAAGCCUUUAGUAAACACCAGAAUCUGGUAUCCAUGGAAGAUGUUAAUAUAGCUGCUGAGCUGUAUAUUUCUAACAAGCAGUAUGAUAAAGCAUUGGCAGUUAUUACAGAUUUUUCAGGCAUUGUACUUGAGAAGAAAGACAUGAAAGAAGAUACCUCAGCAGAGAAUAAAGAGAGCAUGGAAGAGCAGGAGAGUAAAGAAGCAACAAUCGAUCAGCAAGAUCCUGCGCCAGGAACCAGUUCUGCAUCUUCAGAAAAAGUCACCUGCUGCAUCCCCGAGGGCGUUCCCAUUGACAUCACGGUGAAACUCAUGGUAUGCUUGGUUCACCUGAACAUCUUGGAGCCACUCAAUUUCCUGUUGACCACACUAGUGGAGCAAAACCCUGAGGAUAUGGGCGAUCUGUACCUUGAUGUUGCAGAAGCCUUUCUUGAUGUUGGAGAAUACAGUUCUGCACUUCCUCUCCUGAGUUCCCUGGUGUGCUCAGAAAGAUACAACCUGGCUGUUGUAUGGCUCCGCCACGCAGAGUGCUUGAAAGCCUUAGGCUACAUUGAGCGUGCGGCUGAGAGCUACGCUAGAGUUGUUGACCUUGCCCCUUUGCACCUGGACGCACGGAUCUCCCUCUCGACCCUUCAGCAACAGCUGGGCCGGCCUGAGAAAGCUCUGGAAGCCCUUGAACCCAUGUAUGACCCAGAUACGCUGGCACAGGAUGCCAAUGCAGCUCAGCAAGAAUUAAAACUGCUUCUUCAUCGGUCCACGUUGUUAUACUCUCAAGGCAACAUGUACGGUUAUGUAGAUUCUUUGCUCACCAUGUUAGCCAUGCUCCUAAAGAGAAGUAAAUCCUUGACUUUUGGCUCCCUUCUAGCCAUCUUUGUGGUGCUCACAAGUGUGCUGACCAAGGAUGACUGGUGGAACCUCCUGCUGAAGGCCAUCUACGCUUUGUGUGACCUGUCACGGUAUAAAGAGGCAGAGCUUCUCGUGGACUCCUCUCUGGAAUACUAUUCUUUCUACGACGACAGGCAGAAGCGCAAAGAGCUGGAGUACUUUGGUCUUUCCGCUGCAAUUCUGGACAGGAACUUUAGGAAAGCGUACAAUUACAUCAGGAUUAUGGUAAUGGAGCAUGUCAGUAAGCCUCAGCUUUGGAAUAUCUUCAAUCAAAUCACCAUGCAUUCACAAGAUGUUCGGCACCAUCGCUUCUGCCUUCGAUUAAUGCUGAAGAACCCUGACAAUCAUGCACUCUGUGUCUUGAAUGGCCACAAUGCUUUUGUGUCUGGAAGUUUCAAACAUGCUCUUGGGCAGUACGUGCAAGCUUUUCGGAGUAACCCAGAGGAACCCCUCUAUAGUCUUUGUAUAGGCUUGACUUUCAUCCACAUGGCCUCUCAGAAGUACGUGCUAAAACGACAUGCUCUCAUAGUACAGGGCUUCUCGUUCCUUCAGCGGUACCUGAACCUCCGUGGUUCCUGUCAAGAAUCUUUCUACAACUUAGGCCGCGGCCUUCACCAACUGGGAUUGGUACAUCUGGCCAUUCACUACUAUCAAAAAGCACUGGAGUUUCCUCCACUGGUUGUAGAGGGAAUAGAAACUGACCAGACAGAUCUGCGGAGAGAUAUUGGCUUCAACUUGUCACUCAUCUAUCAGAGCAGCGGAAAUAUCAGAAUGGCUCGGAAACUGUUGUAUACACACGUUAUUGUGUGACGAGAGUGCUGGGAUCAA